GGAGAAGCUGGUCCUCCAGGCCUACCUGGGCCUCCGGCUGGCCACGUCAGUCAUCGCGGGCUCAAGGCUAGGCCCCAGCACCCCUUGGUUAGAGCCAGAGCCAGGUCCGAGACGUGAACUGGUCCAACUGGGCUGGCUCCCACAGAGCCUGACUCCAGCUGGUGCCUCUGUUGCUGGCUUCAUGCCAGCUAUCCGUGCCCCCCCCCCCCCCCAGAGCCUCAGGGCCCACCAGGGUCUGACCGGAAGGGAUGGACCCGCUGGACCCAAGGGUGCCCCUGGAGAACGGGGAAGCCUGGGACCCCCAGGGCCACCUGGGCUGGGGGGCAAAGGCCUCCCUGGACCUCCCGGAGAGGCAGGAGUGAGCGGCCUUCCAGGUGGCAUCGGCCUCCGAGGCCCCCCGGGACCCUCUGGACUUCCAGGCCUCCCUGGCCCCCCGGGACCACCCGGACCCCCUGGACACCCGGGAGUCCUCCCCGAAGGCGCUGCUGACCUUCAGUGUCCAAGUAUCUGCCCACCAGGACCCCCUGGACCCCCAGGAAUGCCGGGGUUCAAGGGCCCUACUGGCUACAAGGGGGAACAGGGAGAAGUCGGCAAGGAUGGCGAGAAGGGUAACCCUGGCCCUCCUGGGCCUGCUGGCAUCCCGGGCACCGUGGGGCUACAGGGUCCCAGAGGACUUCGAGGACUGCCAGGGCCACUUGGGCCUCCAGGAGACCGUGGUCCCAUCGGGUUCCGAGGACCCCCCGGAAUUCCAGGAGCACCUGGGAAAGCAGGCGACAGAGGCGAGAGGGGCCCAGAGGGCAUUCGCGGGCCCAAGGGCGACCUCGGCAGAGCUGGUCCCAAAGGAACCCCCGGAGUGGCCGGGCCGGGAGGAGAGCCGGGCAUGCCGGGCAAAGACGGCCGGGACGGUGUGCCAGGACUGGAUGGCGAGAAGGGAGAGGCAGGUCGCCACGGUGCCCCAGGAGAAAAGGGCCCCAAUGGGCUGCCGGGACUCCCCGGACGAGCAGGGUCCAAAGGCGAGAAAGGAGAGCUGGGCAGAGCUGGCGAGCUUGGGGAGGCCGGGCCGUCGGGAGAGCCAGGAGUCCCUGGAGACCCUGGCGUGCCUGGGGAGCGCGGCGAGGCUGGCCACAGGGGUUCAGCGGGGGCCCUUGGCCCGCAAGGCCCUCCUGGGGCACUUGGAGUCCGAGGCUUUCAGGGCCGGAAGGGCAGCAUGGGAGACCCCGGACUCCCGGGCCCCCAGGGCCUCCGAGGUGAUGUGGGCGACCGGGGCCCAGGAGGCAUGACAGGCCCCAAGGGAGACCAGGGUGUUGCUGGUUCUGAUGGCCUUCCUGGGGACAAGGGAGAGCUGGGUCCUAAGGGCCCCGUGGGACCAAAAGGAGAGUCUGGCAGUCGAGGGGAGCUGGGCCCCAAAGGCAUCCAGGGGCCCAACGGCACCAGCGGCGUCCAGGGUGUUCCAGGCCCCCCAGGGCCCCUAGGCUCCCAGGGCAUCCAGGGCAUCUCUGGCAUCACAGGGAAGCCAGGAGUCCCGGGGAAGGAGGCCAGUGAACAGCGCAUCCGGGAGCUGUGUGGGGGGCUUAUCAGCGAGCAAAUUGCCCAGCUGGCCACACACCUGAGGAAGCCUCUGGCGCCAGGUUCCAUUGGCCGGCCCGGCCCGGCUGGUCCCCCUGGGCCCCCUGGCCCCCCAGGCUCCAUCGGCCACCCUGGUGCACGAGGACCCCCUGGAUACCGUGGUCCCACAGGGGAGCUGGGAGACCCAGGACCCAGAGGAAACCAGGGAGACCGAGGAGACAAGGGCACAGCAGGCGCAGGGCUGGAUGGGCCUGACGGCGAUCAGGGACUCCCAGGCCCACAAGGUGUGCCCGGAGUCAGCAAGGACGGCCGGGAUGGCGCACCCGGUGAGCCAGGACCUCCCGGUGACGCUGGGCUCCCAGGUGCUGUGGGUGCCCAGGGAACCCCAGGCAUCUGUGACACCUCCGCCUGCCAAGGAGCUGUGUUAGGAGGCAGUGGGGAGAAAUCAGGCUCCAGAAGCUCAUAA